UUUUGCAGUGUGUUUAUUCAAAUAAUGUGAUCGGCUGGGGAAAACCUGUUACGAGACACAAUAUACUGGAAAACCUUGCAAAAAUAAGUACUGGAUAAUGUGGUAGUAUUGGGUUUGAAUUUGCACACUAACUCCAGAGGAUUGUUGUGACGGCGGCUAGUUACCUCCGAUUUACAUCAGCUUGUUUCAGUGCUGAGCUGUAAUUCCUAUUUUUAUCUCCCAGUCGCUGUUAGAAACGUGGCUAAACGCCUGCGCUGUCAUGGGUUUAUAAAAACAGGAAGUUCAGCGUUUGUUCUGCGCACCCAUGCUUUUUUCCAGGCUAUUCGGUGCAUAGUAAAAACAUACUGCUGUUUUGGGGAUACGCUGGUUAAUUUAACACUGCGACAAGGCAAAAAGAUAAAGCUGAGAAUCAGACAUGAAGCUGAUUUUAAGGAGCAAACUAGUGUGGUGCUGUGUGUUCUUGACAUACUGUACAAUGGCGAACUGCUGUGGUCUGAUAACCUCCCAGAAGGAACCAGUUCCUCUGAAGAGCAUCGAGGUGGAGGUGGAGGUGAGGGACCAUGUGGCUACAGUGGUCUCCACUCUUAACUAUGAGAACAAGGAGGACAAACCAGUAGAGGCAGUUUUUGUCUUCCCUCUGCCUGGAGAUGCUGCUGUCUGUCAUUUCAGCGCAAAGAUUGGACAGAAAGAGAUUGUAGCUGAGGUGAAGGAGAAACAGAAGGCUCGUGAGGAGUAUGAUGAUGCACUGAGCUCCGGUCAGCAGGCCUUUCUGUUGGAGGAGAGUGAGCAGAGUCCAGAUAUAUUCUCUCUCCUGGAGGCAACUGCGCCUCCAGGAGAGAGCGCCUCCAUCAGGCUGGAGUACGUCACUGAGCUGGCUGUGCAGGCUGAUGAUGGGCUCAGGUUUUGUCUGCCUGCUGUGCUUAACCCUCGCUACCAGCCUCAGGGAAGUGAAGGUGGCAGUGUCCAGGUGACCUCUGUUCCAGCCUCUCUGGUGCCCUACAAUCUGUCUUUCUCUGCCCGAGUGUCCUCUCCUCGUCCAGUCUCUAAAGUAGAGUCCAACUGUUCCCUGGAGCCUCUCCAGUACCUCAACACAGAGCAAACUCAGGCCACGGUCAAAUUGGCUGCAGGACACAAGUUUGACAGAGAUGUUGAGCUACUGAUUUAUUACAAAGACGCCCACCAGCCCACUGCUGUGGUGGAGGCAGGACAGGCCUCUGCCAAGCCUGGCACUCUGAUGGGUGAUCCAGUAGUGAUGCUGAGCCUGUACCCAGAGUUUCCUCAGUCUGUGAUGUCUUCAGUCGCCUCAUGUGGAGAGUUUGUGUUCUUACUGGAUCGAUCUGGAAGUAUGGAAUCAAGUAUGGACAACACUGCUAGUCAGGAUCGCAUCAGCAGUGCCAAGGACACUCUGUUGCUCCUUUUGAAGAGCUUACCAAUGGGCUGUUAUUUUAACAUCUACAGUUUCGGGUCCAGCUAUGAACACACUUCUUCCCGUAAUGUGGCGUACAGUGAGAAGACCAUGGAGGAGGCUUUGAAGAAAGUUGAAGUGAUGGACGCUGACCUAGGAGGAACAGAGAUCCUUGAGCCCCUCAAACACAUUUACAGCCAGCCCUCCAUACCCAAUCAACCUAGACAACUAUUUGUCUUUACUGACGGAGAGGUGGGGAACACCAAAGAAGUCAUCAAUCUGGUGAAGCAGAAUUCAGGUUCUCACAGGUGCUUCUCUUUUGGGAUUGGUCAAGGGGCCAGCUCUGCUCUUAUCAAUGGGUUGGCGAAGGAAGGAAGAGGUCACGCUCAGUUCAUCACAGGAAAAGAGAGGAUGCAACCCAAAGUGAUGCAAUUGCUGCGAUUCGCUCUGCAACCAGCUGUGGUGGACAUCUCAGUUGACUGGGAUGUGCCAAAGGAAGUCUCUGUCACUGUCCUCUCUCCACCAAUCACAGCACUUUUCCAUGGUCAAAGGUCACUGAUUUAUGCCCAGCUCACAGGACAGAGUUCAGAGGCAGCAGACGGCCUUGUGACAGUGAAGUACAGCCUGGCAGGUCAUCUCUCUCAGAACCAGCUCCACUUCAGUCUCAAACCUGCAGAGGACACUGGAUUAACAGUCCACAGGUUGGCUGCUCGGACUGUGAUUCGCUCCCUGGAGUUGGAGGAGAGAGAGCACAGAGGAGAGCGAGAUAAAGAAGUGAAGAAGAAAGUUGUGGAUCUCAGUGUUCAAUCAGGAGUGAGCAGUGUCUUCACUGCCUUCAUCGCUGUCAAUAAAAGCUCUGGCCAAGCAAUUCAUGGACCUCUGGUGCACAGAAAUAUUCCAACGCCAAGGUUUCAUUUGAUAAAAAAGGCUGGUGCUAGCCACAGAUUACUUUCUCAACCUUUUAGAAUGAUGGGGCAUGCACGUGUAUCCAACCAGCACCUUGGCAAAAGAUCUUUCAGAGCAGAUGAUGACGAAGAAGAUGUCGAUGGAGACUUUGGGAUUUUGGAAGAGUUACAUGAAAACGAAGGGUUUGAUGCCCUCAUGUCAUCCUCAAUAGUUUGUGCUGGAGACGCUGAAGUCUGCAGGCCCAAGCAGCCACCCAGAGACCCUCUGCUGCAGCUGGUCUCCCUCCAGAAUGCAUCUGGCAGCUGGAAGCUGGAUCCAGCUCUGGCUGCUGCACUGGGAAAGACGCAGGAGGAGGUGGAGAACACAAAACCUUCAGGAGUAAAUCAGGAUGUGUGGGCCACUACUCUGGCUCUGAUCUGGCUUCACGGUUACGAGAAGGAUGCUCAGGAUGAGUGGGAGCUCCUGGCUAUGAAGGCUGUGUCGUGGCUCCGUGCUCAGAAUGCUCCAUAUGGGACAGAGUGUUUGAAAGCUGGAAAUGCUCUGUUGGGUUUCAACGUGCAGAAAGACGCCCUAGGACUCUGAAGCUUUUCUUCAUGAUUGAAGCAGAUUUACUGCAUAUUACAACUGUUGCAUUGCUUGUUACACUUUGCACUAAUCUGAUUUUAUUAUACUGUAUGCCUUUGUAUACUGUGUUUACUGUCAAGCACUGCCAGCAAUAAGGGGGCACAAGGGGGGAAAGCUUUAUGGGGCGCAGCUGCAGAGGAUGGUGUGGUAGGUGGGACAUACAGUAUAAACUUUUCCCACCAACAGUAACAUGUGCGCAUGGGUUUUUCAAACAUGACUAAAAGUAGGCAAUAGAUUGCUUUCCCAUUGCAAAGAGAGAAGGGCUUAUACACGGAUCUGCAGCAGACAAGUGUUUGUUUUGUGUGUAUGUGGGGUUUUGUUUUGCUGUGUCCAUGUGACGUCACGGACGGAUGUGAGAACAGUAGAAAGCAGCAUGGACAGAGGUCUGUGAAAACUUUAGAG